GGCAGACAACCUUGCUCCGCCUUCGGCUUGAGUCUCUUUAGAUGUGAGAAGAGGAAUGAGGCAUAGGGAACCCCGCCUCACCCUAUCCCCGGGUUCCCAGGGUGGAGCACGCAGGCGUGGCCCCGCUGACGAAGCCGCUGCCCCGCCUCCUUGCCUCUGGUCCUCCCUGCGCUCGAAGUGGUGCAUUGUGGGAAACUCCAGAGCACUCGCUGGUAUCCGCAGCCGCCGCCCGCUGUCAUCCCGAGAAGCAAGUGCGCAGCUAGAAGCUGGAGGCCCGAAGGCAGACACCCAUAUAAUGCCCAGAGGUGAGCUGUCCUGAGACUCUGUGCUCCAGCCACCUGUCAGUCCCACAAGCCCCAAAAGAGCUGCCAGCACAAAUCGUCAUGGAGUCCCGAGGAAAGUCAGCCAGCAGCCCCAAGCCAGACACCAAGGUGCCUCAGGCCACAGCAGAGGCCAAGGCUACUCCAGCUGCUGAUGGGAAAGCCCCCUUGACCAAGCCUGCGAAGAAGGACGCCCAAGCAGAGAAGCAGGAGCAACCAGCAGCCCCUGGGCCAGCCGCCACCAAGAAGACAACGGCCAAGGCAGAUCCUGUGCUCCUCAACAAUCACAGCAACCUGAAGCCAGCUCCUGCAGUGCCGGCGGCCCCCAGCAGUCCCGAUGCGACCUCAGAGCCCAAGGGUCCUGGGGAUGGGGCCGAGGAGGACGAGUCCAACACCGGAGGCCGAGGCCCCUGGCCUUGUGAGAACUUGACCCCUUUGCUGGUGGCUGGGGGUGUGGCCGUGGCCACCAUAGCCCUAAUUCUUGGUGUGGCCUUCCUAGCCCGGAAAAAAUGAUGCCUGGUGUCCAGGUGGGGGCACAGAGGCACUUUCUGUACAGACCUGAAUAUAUAGUGCAUGCAAGGUCCUAGAUACUUAUCUAUACAUACGGACAUACAUCACACACGCACACAUACACACAUACACCACACAUACAUACACAUACAUCCAUGCAGCAGGAAAGAAAGAGACAGUGAGUCCACCUCCACUGACCCCAGCACACCCUCUCCCAAGUUCUGGGGCAGGAGCCCAGCUCUGCAGUUUGCAGGAAGUACUAGCAUGGGGCAAAGGAGAUAGCUUGCACUAGACAAGUAGGAAAAUAGGAAGAGAUGCUGGCUGUGGCCUCUGAAAGAAGUGGAGUAGGCUGGCCCUGUAGGGACAUUAAGAGAAAUGGCUACUUUACUCUCUUUUGAGCUUCUGGGGGCAGUCUGUCUGGGCCUGAUGCAGGAUGCCUGACCUGAGGUGGGAUUCAAAUCUGCAGAGCUACCUCUACCCACUGUCCCUGUCCUGGCUGAGUGGAAAGGCAAAGCUUAACCGCUAAAUUUGGAAUGAGAUCCCCACCUCCUUCUCUUUUUUCAAUAUGUGCCCCAGAAGAGCUCCUGAGACUAGGAUCACCUUACUUCAUUGCCCAGAGCAGCAAUUGUUGGGGGGAGGGACGGGCGGGGUGCUGAAAGCCCAGUAGGGAGGCAGGAGACACGGAGGAGCUACAUUACAGUUCUGCCUGCCCAGUACUCCCCAAUAGGCUGUCCUUCCUGCCUGCAUCCAACACCCCCUUGAGUCUAACAGCGUAUAAAUGCAAUAACACAGGUAGAGUAGAACUGCCCAGUGGGUGCCACUCACCCACUGCCUGCAGGAAGACCUGCUGUGCAGCCCCUCCUUAGUGCAUCUGGCCCCAGCUUGCCCCUCCGUGUGGUGACGGUGGGCCGGUUUCCAGAAGGCUGCAGUGGGCUCUAAGGAAACAUUGCCCUCACCUGGCCAGUGGCUGCAGGGACCUUGGGCCUGAGUGGAGGCUGAGUUUGAAAUAAACUGUUACAAUAUAAA